UAUGCCAACAAGCCGUUCUAGCGGACACAUAAAAAGGCUCUAAAGGAAGAUAUCAAAACAUCUUUCUAGCGCAUGCCCCGACCACUUUCGGAUCCGUUAAUUCCCGCGUAAAUUUCACCAUCAUCUCCCGUGAUCCAAUGCACGAUGCAGGAACUCAGACUUUGAGCCUGGAGCGCGCAUGCUCUGCUAUCAGAAAAUUACAAUCAAGCGGGAAAACGCCGAGAAUCAGAAGCUUCUGGUGAUCAACAGUUCAAAUGACUGAGCUCCAGCCACAGGUUUCAAGAGGGGUGGCAUGGAGGGAGAGGGAAAUCCUGGACCUUCUCUCGUUCUGGGGAGAGGAGAAAAUACAGGAUGCACUGAAGAAAAGUCAUAGAAAUAUAGACUACUUUGAGCGCAUCGCCGUUCAGAUGGCCUCCCGGGGACAUAAGAGGUCGGCGACAGAAUGCAAAUCCAAGACGAAAACAAUGAGGCUAGAAUAUAAGAAGGUGGUGGCACAUAACGGUAUCUCAGGAAAUGCUCCCAUAACCUGCCCAUAUUACAGGGAGCUGAACAGCAUUCUGCGGGGGGAUGCAAGCGUCAAACCGAGGCGUGUUGCAAGGAGCCUCUGUGUCGAGUCUGUGGCACAGCAUGUUCUCCCCACGGUGCCCUGCUAUGACGGGUCAGAGGAGCUUUUCUCGCACGAUCUGAUAACCAUUGAUCGUGAGCAGGUUAGAAGUUCCACCCCCUCCCCCAGAGAUGGCGGUGUGGGGUUGGCACAGGCGGCACCAGAGAAUGACCUAGAUGUCACAGUGGAUGGCCUCGCUGACUGUGAGGCGGAGGAACCGUGUCCUGAUGCUCAGGAGGAACCGCAGAGUGAAGGCGACUCAAGCUCAUUGCAGCAAGGUGGCGGAAAGGAUUCCACAUCAACAUCCAUGGCUGAGGCUUCCCCAGGGUCACGCCUUGAACAUAUAAAGAGCAGAAGACGGAGAAAUGCGGGAUUGUUUGCAGUCGCUGAUAAGAUGAUCAGUCAGUCAGGGGAGGAGCAUAAGGCCCAAAUCGCUGAAUGGCGCAUUGAUAGGGAGGAAAGCGUAAGGUGGCAUGAUGAGGGAAAAAAAAUUCAAAAUGAUUUUAUUGAGGCAACACAUCAGGAGAGCAUAUACUUUAGGCGGGCGUGGGAUGAUAACCUUCAGGUCAUGCAGUCUGCUGUCCUGACACUGCAAACUCUUGGUGAAAUUCUGGUCAAUCAACAGAGGGCAAAAUCUCCAAAGGCAAAGGCCUUGCAGGAUACUGCCACAGAGAACAUUGCACCGCGUUUGGGUGUAGCCAAACGUGCCUGUGUUGGCCGUGCCAGAGCUAGACUGACUCUCUAG